AUGGACAGUUUGGAAAAACGCUUAAAUAAAUUGAAUUUUGAUGGCAAAUACCUCGAUCUCUGCACCUGCUACGUAGCACCGUCUAAAAUGGGUAGACCCAUUCUUUGUCCUGGUGGUUGCCUUGAUAUCUAUUGA